GUCCGGCGGAGAUGGCGGCGGGAGGUGCGUCUCACGUUGCUUAUGCUGUCUGUGUCUUCCUUGUCACGUGUUCUCUUCCUGAUCACGUGGCCACCCUCGACUCUAAAUCAUUUAGCCAACUUAGCCAUGAUAUCGAGAGGUGGAUUGGUGAACUCCACUCCAGGACAAGUUACGCUCGUGUUCUCAAGACGGAUCUCAAAGGCGAGGCUGGGGUCAGCAUAGAGCCAGUGUAUCCACAGGAUCUAGUGAAGAACAUGGCAGGCAAUAUCAGGGACCUUCUCAACUCCAAGCGGAAUGCUCUUCAGAGAAUUGUAGAUCAUUUAGAAGACGCUACGACAACCUACAUCUGGAACGACGACCUGCGGUUGAACACGUCGCAGCCGCUGCUGAUGAAGGACCUGGACCCCCUCAACGACACCCACAAGAUGACCUACGACGACAGGUUGGGCGUCCCCGUCAGGUACAACAUCUCCGGCAUCCACGUCCCUCUCGAAGUCUAUGAAGGAUAUCCAGAAAUAUUGAAUGGCCUGCUCUGGUCAUCCACGUUGGACAGAGUAUUUCAAGAGAAUUUUGAAAGUGAUCCAACGCUCUCUUGGCAGUAUUUCGGAGCACAAACAGGAUUCAUGAGAGUGUAUCCAGCUGCCAGUUGGUAUGUUCCACCUAAUCUUAUUGAUCUGUAUGAUGCCCGACUACGUCCAUGGUACGUCCAAGGCUCGGUGGCACCCAAGGACAUGAUCAUACUAAUGGACAGGAGUGGAAGUGUUCAUGGGCAGACAUUUACCAUAAUGAAGUGGGCAGUGAAGACUCUAAUUGAUACUCUCGGAGAAAAUGACUUUGUAAAUGUUGCAGCUUUUAACAAUACAACUGAGUGGGUCAACAACUGUACAUAUUGCCAGAUCAAUAAGACAACAGACAAUCAAGAGUGUACCCAGCCAUUAGUGCAGGCCAGCACCAGCAAUAAGAAACUCUUGUUCCGAGCCAUUGAUGAUCUCUUGGAUGGAGGGAUGGCCAGCUAUUCCAAUGCACUCGCUUUUGCAUUUAAUGCUUUUAAACAGUUUGAAGGUACGCGGAAAGAAGGAGAAGGUGCCAACUGCCACAAGACAAUCAUGCUUUUCAGUGAUGGAGGAACAGAGUGGCCAGAGGAAGUAUUUAACAAAUUCCUGGCAGAUAACUAUACCAAAUCAGUACGAGUCUUCACAUAUGCUGUUGGUCCCCACCCAAUCCCAACAGCAGUUCUAAAACAGAUGGCUUGCUCUACAGGAGGGAAAUAUUCUGUCAUUACUACCAGAAGCAGUGUCAGAACUAAAAUACAGGAAUCGUACACAAGCUUACUCUCUCCCGCGCAACCCCUGAAGGGAGUUCACACUGACCAAUACACAACUGCGUACACAAGUGCUGUGGACUAUUUGCAAGUGCUAGCAAGACCUCAGGCCCUCCCUCUAGCAGAGUCAAUGGUAACGUUCUACCAAGAGCAAGUGACGGAGGAGCUGACAGUGUCACUAACGCGGCCGGUGUACAACAUGUCCGACUAUACUAACACAUCAGCAUUACUGGGAGUGGCAGGCAUUGAUGUGCCUAUACAAUCUCUCAAAAACCUCUCUCCCUUUGAAGCACUGGGACCAAAUGGUUAUGCUUUUAUUAUCAAUCACAAUGGCUUCCUUGUGCUUCAUCCAAUGCUCUCCAAACAACUCUCCUACAUUUUGGGUCCUCCCCACAUAGAUUUGCUGGAUGUUGAAGAAGAUAUUCACCAGACAAAUGUAAUCCGUAACGAUAUGAUAAAGGGCAAGAAUCAUAAUGUUCAAGUUUUGGGUAAAAUUAGCGUUGAUGAGGCUCACCGUGUGCUGUAUGAUGGCAUACAGUUCUCAUACUCUUCUGUACCUAAUUCAUCCUAUAGCCUUGGCCUUGUAAAUCUCAAAAGGUCAGAUCACUUAGUGAUCAAUGAUCAAGACACAUCUCUGAUGACCUUCUCUAAUGUAUCCACAAUAUUGAUAGCGCCCUGGCCGUACUGCAGGAGCCAUCAAUCUGGUAGUCAUGGAGACCAUGUGAUAGCACUCAUCAGGGAUAUUCAGAAUAAAAGACGAACUUGCAAUGAUGACCUGUUCCAAGGAUUGGUAUGGUCCCAAACAUGGACGGAGCCUUUGGUUAAAAAGUGGCAAGAGGAACAUUCAUCUUCUGAUAUCAUUGGCAGAGUUGUCUUCACCAGAUUUGGACUAACAAGAUUUUAUCCUGAAAGCCAAAAGCCCGGGGUGAGCAGGUGGCAGGAUCCCUGGUACAACCCAGCACUGCGUAGAGGAGAGCUCAAUAGGAAAGUCUCUGUCAUACCUCAUUCCCUUGGUGCUAUUCUUUCUGCCCCAGUCAUAGUAAAAAAGGAUGGAUCUGAAGUAAUGGCUGCAGUUGUGGCGGUAAAUCUUACCUCAAGUUCCCUACACAAUGGUUUUGUGGAACAGCUGCGGAAUUCAGAACGGUGGGAUCAGUAUGAAUAUCUGGUACUGCUGGUUGAUGAUGGAGGAAUUAUUGUCACAUCAAACAGAGAACUUCUUCAAGGAAUAACCCUUCAGGGUAUGUUUAUUGGGGACCUUGACAUACCAAUUUUGAAGCAUUUGAAAGAUUCCAGAUUAUACGAUAUGGAGAUUGAAGUUGACAAGCAGUCUAUAUGCCGGGAACUCAAGAAUAAUGAGACAAGUGCUGGACCAAAGAGUCAUUACAUUCCAAGUCCGUUUACUAUUGCAGCCAGUUUUCUUGUCGAGGUCUUCUCUUGGGCCGAAUAUCUAAAAUAUCUGCUUUACAGUGGUUUACUUGCUCUCAUAACACCAAGUGUGGAGUCCUGGUCUGAAUGGGGCAUGAUGCAAAUUGGUGGCAUGGAGUCGUGCAGAAUUGAGAGAGCAACCUAUUAUUUUGGGGAGACAGGGUCACUGUCAGGCAUCAUGAAGUGCAACAAUUACUCAGCAAAAUUCUGGGCUGAGCGACUGCAGGAUACAAAUGCAAUGUUGAUUGCUAUUGAAAUGAGUAUUAAUGCACAAGAAUGUGGAGUACACUCAAACCUACCUGGAAUUGAGCCAAAACGAGUGACUUCACAUACGCCGUGUGCGUACCAGGACAGAUAUAGAAAACGACCAAUUAGCUGCCUUACAAGUAAUUCAACAGCUGCUGAUAUUGGUUGCCACGCGUGCCGACGACAGCUCAACCAUUAUCUUGUCCUCGUGCUUGUAAUAGUUGCUAUUUGUAAUAACUAUGUAAAUAAAAUUGCUUCAUUAUAAUUAAUGCUAAUUACUGGAAAGACUUAACUAAAUAUGUUGGAGAUGUUUUUGUUUUCAUGAUAAUAAAUUUCGACAUUUAAAAACAAAAUAUUUUGAUUCCCGAGGGUGCCCUACAAUUUAUUAUAUCAAUGGGAGUUUGUAGGGAGAAGAUCAAUAAGAAUUGUAGAGGGCUACACAAAAAAAUUAUUGUAGGUGACAUAAAACAAAAGGAAUUAUAACUGACUAAAAAACAGAACUGUUGGACAGAUCUUGCAAAAUUUGUACUCCGCAACUGACAAAAUUAAGCAUGUAUAUUUAUGUAUGAUACUGUUCAGUAAAAUGUUGAUUACAGGGUCUGUACAUGCCCGUGUCGGGUCAUGUGCUGACAGCUGGCAUCCCCAUCAAUGUAUACAUCAUAGGACAACUACUGACUGCAACAUAUAUAAAUUAAAAUAAUACAUAAUGAAAGAAGAUAAACGAAUUACUGUAUAUGUGAAAGCUAUAUUUGUGAGAAGUAAUGCAGGAAGUUCAAGGACAUUUGGUCACGGAAUGUGUACCUCGGUCACAAGACCUAUUAUUUAGUGGCAAGAUGUGUCGUUGUUUAACACAGCUGCACAGUUAGGUCACAGUGUGACCUAACUGUGGUCACACUGUGGUCACAUUCACAUUCAGUCACUACAUGUGACCACUCAUGUGUGGUCACAUUCAGUCACUACAUCCACCAUUCAGUCAGUAGACUUGCCAUUCAAUCACAAGACCCACCAUUUAGUUGGUUCCAUAUUUUCCUACAUGAUGUAAAUUCCAAAUGUGUAUUAGUAUCUUUUAAAAAAAAAUGGCGUGUCAAUCAGAGCUAAAGUUACAGAGAAAAAUACAUUUGAACAUUUAUGACUAAACUAAUAUGGCUGUCACACCAUUUCUUUAUAGAAUUUUCUUGACCUAGUUUCUAUGUAGGCCAUAAAGGUACUGUAGUUUCAUCAGCAAGUUUCAUGUUAAUUUAACAUACAGAUAUAGACAAGACAUUUGAAAAUUGAUGAAUAAGCCAAUAUGGCCUCUAGACAUAAAAACAUCUUAAAAAAAAAAACACUUAUGUUAACUGUCUUGAAAUUAUCUUGAGGAAAUCAUCUCAAGAUAACCUCAAGACAGUUAACAUAAGUUUUUUAUCAAAUCUUAACCUCUUUACUGUGACACUUUUGUUUUGGCCCUAUACUUUUCUUGUCAAUAUAAGGCUAUAAAAUUGGUAUGGGUGCAGCCCCUUGAGGUUCCCUGAAGCUAUCUUGCUGAGCUGGCCCCUAACUACUUGAUUACAUCAGCUGUACAGUUCAGUUUGGCCUACUGAGGACCAGUACCAGAACCUGGCUCACUCACAGAGGCAGAGGAAGCAGGUGAUACUCCGCUACCUCACUAGGAAAUCGCCCAGAAUGUCAAACCUGGGUUAAAAAAAAAAAAAAUGCUUCACAACCUGUGAAAUGAACUUCCCCAAUAAUGUAAACAAACUACUGUAUUAAAGAUCUCUCGAAACAAGAGUGCACUGUUUUGCCCUACCCCUCACCUCAUUUGGGGGUGGGAGGAGCUUGUGCUGUCCACUGGCUCAAGCCAUUAGUUCUUCCGCUGAUGCAGCUUGUGCUACAUGUCUCCAGUAUGGUCUCUAGGUCGUCAGUAAGCCAUGGCUGGCCUUGGUACUUUUAAGCUAAGUGCCUCUUUGGCAUUCUUCCUGUGUGUUUUGCUUUGUACACUGUUGGUGUAACAUGGGCCUGGCUUUUUUCAGUGCUUAGAGCUGCAUGUGCUCAGGGCUACCUUUCCUGAGUGCUAUCUAGCACCAGCAGU